GAUCUCUAGUGAAGUUAUACGCAUACGAGAGAAAGAGAAUCUAUAACAAUAUACCCAGUGUCUAGUGUAGUGAGUGAUCAAACGUCCGGGGGAUCUGUCCGGUGCGAGUAGAACCGACUUUGUUGCCAUUGAAAUGAGUCUGCCGUCGGGAGUGGAUAUGCAGAACCUAAUGUCCCAGCAUCCGGUACUCGGAGCCCUGCCGCCUGCGUUCUUCCUGCGCGCCGCCUCCGAAAGAUAUCAGCGUACCCCAAAGUGCGCCCGCUGUCGCAAUCAUGGCGUGGUCAGCGCGCUGAAGGGCCACAAGCGCUACUGUCGCUGGCGCGACUGUGUCUGCGCCAAAUGCACUCUCAUUGCGGAACGUCAGCGGGUCAUGGCCGCUCAGGUCGCCUUGCGUCGCCAGCAGGCGCAGGAGGAGAAUGAGGCCCGGGAGUUGGGUCUGUUGUACACAUCCGUUCCGGGCUCCGGCCAACAGAAUGGCAGUGACAGUGUCACGCCCACACCGCACAGUCCCACACACAGCGGCAAUGGAGGACCAGCCAGCGCCGGAUCGGGCCAGAACGGUGUGUUCCAUGGAGGCAUUCCCUCACCCCCAAGCGACGGCUUUGAAGCCAGCUCCACGCCCAAUCAUCACCAGCAACAGCAGCAGCAACAGCAGCACCACCAGCAGCAGCAGCAUAGCCAGCACCAGCACCAGCACCAACAUCAGCAGCCACAGCGCCAGCCGUCGCAGCACUACAAUGGCAAUGAAUCCGACACGGAUGGACGCACCCGCUCCGAGCACCUCAGCGUUGGCUUCUCCCCCACACGCACCGAGCUGGACGAGAGUCCCGUCUCGAAGCGAGGAGCAGCCCUGUCGAACGAGACGGACCAGGACACCGGCUCCGAGUCGGGCUCGCCGAGCAGUCCCCGGCCCAAGGUCGCGGGGCUGUUCAACCUGACCGCCAGUCUGUCGCCCGCCCGCACUGGUCCGCCCAGCUCCCCCGAGUCCGAUCUGGACGUGGACUCGGCGCCGGAUGAGGCCACGCCGGAGAACCUCAGCCUCAAGAAGGAGGACAGCCAGUCGCCGCCCAACACGCCAGCCGAGAAUCUGCACCUGCUGCGCUCCUUUGGCAACGGCCACGCCCAGGGCUUCAUGCCGUACCAUCACACGCAGUUCCUGGCCGCCGCCGGCCUGCCCACCCACCACCACCCGGCGGCGCACUCUCCCCUCCAGCAGCAGCAUCUCGGCCAGCACACCCAGCAGCAGCAGCAGCAGCGAUCUCCCAUCGAUGUCCUGAUGCGAGUGUUCCCCAAUCGCCGACGCAGCGACGUGGAGCAGCUGAUGCAGCGGUUCCGCGGCGACGUCCUGCAGGCCAUGGAGUGCAUGCUGACCGGCGAGGAUCUCGGACAGACGCCGCCCCAGGUGCCCCCGUCCCCGCCCUUCCCCAUGAAGUCCGCCUUCUCGCCCCUGGUUCCACCCACCGUCUUCGGCUCGCCCACGCACCGCUACCAUCCGUUCAUGCAGGCCCACGCCAAGCGAUUCCUCUCCGCCCCGUACACCGGGACGGGCUACCUGCCCGGCGUCCUCAGUGCCGCAGAUAUCGAACAGUCGGAGUCGAACGGGGCCGGCGGCAUCGGCCUGGACCGCAGCAGCAACGCCGACUCCCAAGAUUGAGGCAGCACCACCAGCAUCUUCAGGCCCUUCGAAUGAGGUCUUCCCUCCUCUUCCCAUCCACCCAUCCACCCUCAUAUCGUGUGUAAGAUAUUUGUUUUAGGGAAAACGCAUAGAGCAUCCUCCCCCCCCUACGCCUAAAGAUCUAUCCUAGCCAUUUACGCAUAACAGUGACUGUAAGUGACAUUUACCGUGGAACUGCUAGCACAAGUAUUGUACCAUAGAGACCGUACUUAUAGACAAACACUCGGUCCCCAGUUGAGAGCCCUAAGAUACAUUUAUUUAGCUGAAAUUAAAAUUGUGAGCAAAACGAUGACGAGAUUAUUGUGUAAGGGAUGGAUUGAUCGCAUCAACUAUGGAGACAUCCGCGUGUACCAUAUAAAUAUAUAUAUAUAUACGAUAUCAUAUUAUGUAUUAGAUAAAAUACAUUUCAAACACUGUGUUAAAGUAUUUAA